GAGUCUGCUACUCAGAUCCUUCAACUCGCAAGCUAUUUUCCUUCAGCGCCAUUUUCUUCUUUGCCAUGGCUCGUCUUGCCCUUAUAUCUCUCCUAUGUGUCGCUCUUGCUGGUUUCAGCGGUGCGAAUCCUUUGGUGGAGCAGCAGGCUCUUACAGAUCAACCAGUGCAUACCACGGACGGGUGGGAGUAUACUAACUGCGGUCUUCCGUCGGACCUCAUACAAAUCAAGUCAAUUGCCGUAUCACCCGACCCGCCUCAGCCCGGUCAAGACCUGACUGUUACUGUAGUAGGGACUGCACAGGAUGUCAUUGAGGAGGGCGCUUAUGCCGAUGUAGUAGUCAAACUUGGCCUUGUCAAGUUGCUCUCAAAGACGUUCGAUAUCUGUGAGGAGGCUCGUGGUGCGAAUGCCAGCAUUCAAUGCCCUGUUGACAAGGGUGACUAUACCGUCUCGCACACUGUCGCUUUACCCAAAGAGAUACCCAGAGCUGCGUUCAAAGUCAGUGUUAGGGGCUACACUGCUGAUGAUGAAGAUAUGGUAUGCUUGGACUUGAAAGUGAAUUUCAUGAAGAACCCCUUCCCUCACUUUGGCUGGUGAUUCCCUUACGUGUCUAAGGUUUACGGAGGUGCUACCUUUUAGUUUCUGAUGAGUAAUGACCUACCUUUCUUGUGCGCUGUCUGCUUUAACAAUUAUGACCUCGGACUGCGAGCUGCUUCGUGUAGUAAUACUGUCGAGCCACUGGGCUCCCAUGAGUGAAAGUUGAUACCUUUGUUAUGAUACAUUGCGUUUUCGAUGGCCUCCA